CACAUAGACAUAUCUGCGCAUUGUAUGCAUUGACAUACUUGCUUAAACAUACAUACUUACUAAAUUGUACCUAUUUAGAAGGGGGUUUGGACAGGGGGGGUGAAGAGAAACAUGUUGAGAAGGUCAAGGUCAUCUGCUGGAAGUAGAAAAUGGUAGAUGAACAAGAUCGAUUGUUGCCAAUUGCAAAUGUGUGUAGAGUCAUGAAGCAAAUCCUGCCACCAACAGCCAAGAUUUCAAAAGAAGCAAAAGAAACAAUGCAAGAAUGUGCGACUGAAUUUAUAAGUUUUGUGACAGGUGAGGCAUCUGACAAGUGUCACAAGGAGAAUCGAAAGACAGUGAAUGGAGAUGACAUCUGUUGGGCUUUGAGUUCUUUAGGGUUUGAUAAUUAUGCUGAGGCUAUAGUAAGGUAUUUACAUAAAUUUCGAGAAGCUGAAAGAGAGAAAGUUAUUAAUAACCAAAGCAAAGCUGCUGCUGCUGCUGCUACUCAUCAAGAUAAAGACUUUGGAGACUUCAACUGCAAAGGUUGCCAAAAAGAAAAGCAGCAGAAAACGGAGACAUCUAACCCUUUAGAGUUUAGGGUUCUUGAGAAGGGUAACAGCAGUAGCUCUUUUACAAAACCAUCCUGACCAACAUCGAUCGCAUACUCCGCCUUUCUUAGAAGAUGAAAAAAGAAGAAAUUAAGAGAAGAACAAGACGAUGAGGAGCAGGAACAAACAAGAGUAUACAACUUAAAGGUUUAAGCAUUUUAUUGAAGACCAGAUCUAUUGAUCACAAAGUGUAAUGACUAGCAAAAAGAUUGGACUUUCUUGCUUCAAUUAGGUUUGCUUCUUUGAGGUAGUUAGUUAACUUUCAUCUUUCUUCUGAAACUGGUUUUUUUCCUGCCUUUUUCUUUUUGACCCUUUUCUUUGUCUGAUUCUACUAUGAAGAAGGAGAAAAACUUGUUAUUUCUUAGCUUGUGAUACUUGUAAGGUAGCACUCCCUGUGAGUUUGAGUUAGCUAUUUUUCUUUUUUAUUCUUAAUUUUGAUUUUGUGCAUCUUUCAGUCUAUUCGGGGAUUUAUAAAGGAAUUAUACAAUUGCAUUAGAAUUUGCAGCCUA